AUGUCGUCUACUGAACAAUCACAUCCUCAUUCAAAAAAACUAAAUAAAGAUAAAAACAAAUGUCGUUUGCAUUUACGUCAUCUUCAUAUACGUAAUCAUAGAAGAUCUGCCUUAGAUAUUCCAAAUAUACACACAAAUGUAUCGAAUGACUCUGAAGGAAAUCAAUCGUCUAAAAGUUUGAGUGAACAAGAAAUUCAACAACGUCAUCUUAUUCAACAAUAUAUUUUUUCUAAACUCGAAGCUUAUGCUAAUAAGCCUCGUAUUUGGCAGUUAACACAUUCAUCACAUAUAAAAGAACGUCUUCUUGAUAAAUCACGAAAUAUAUCAAAUCUCUAUUCUUUACCAAAUGAUUUUGUACGUGAAUCGAUAAAUCAAUUAUUUAGUAGUGUUGAUAAAUAUGUUUUACAAUUACGUCGACUUGUUCAUCCCGCAUCAUGUGAAUCCGUCGAGUUAAAUGUUCUAUUUCAGAAAACAGGAGAACCCAAUAAUCAAUGGCAUUCAUUACAAUUAGAACGUGCAAAACAAAUACUUCCAAAUAUUAGCAAUGAAGAAUUUACAGAAAAUGAACUUUUACAAAAAUAUUAUAUUCAUAUUAUUGAAACAUUAACACCAAAACCUGAUACAGCUAGUUCAAAUUGUAUUUCACAACUUCGUGAACACCCAUUUGAUUUAAAUCAUGUAUAUGAACAAGCAGAAAAUAAAGGAAAAGAAUGUUUAGCACAAAUGUUAGAAAAAUAUCGUGCACGUUUAAAACCUGAUCUUGAAUUAAUUCAAGAAAUGAUUAAUCUUGGCCUUGAACAAAUGAAAACUAGACCAGCAACAGAAGAUUUUGAAGGUGCAACAAAUUUUCUAACUAAAGCUUCUAUGUUUCAUAAAACAAAACAAGCAUAUGAAAGUGAUUUACAUAAUAUGGGUGAUGAUUUUAUGUUAUUACGUUUUGGUAAAGUAUUUGGAGAAAAUGCAUUACCAACAACCGCACGUUCAAAUAAGCAAUUCAUAUAUCUUGUUCAUUUAUUUAUUAAAUCCAUUUUUCAUCUUAUUCAGAUGAUGCGAAUAACAUCUGAUAAUAGUGAAGAAAUUCUAUCAAUUAUAAAUACUGUUAUUGGAAAAAUUUUUUCAGCAAAAGAAAAUUCAGCAAUUAUUAAAGUAAAUAAGGACGAUCUUUUUUCACCAAAAUUAAAUAUUGAUCAAUGGACAUGGUUAGUAGAAAAAUGGUGUGAUUGUUUACGAACGCUUCCUAUUUUACUUACAGAAGUUGGUGCAUUUACUCGUUUAUUACGUACAACAAUUGGUAUUGGUAUUGCACGUUUAUUUAAUUUUGCUGAAACAAUUGUUGCUAAUAAUCAAAUAUUAGAUUUAGCUGUUAUGAAUGAACAAUUGUUUCAUGCACUUCAAACUGGUUUUUAUUUUGGUGUUGCAUAUGCUAUUGUCGAUUGUAUGCAAGAUGAAAUUCAAAAUCCAGAUAAAAUUUCUCCGCAACAUUUAGCUGCACUUAAGAUAGAGGCAAAUGAAAAUGGCAGAUUAUUAACACCAAUUGAAGCACUAGAUAAAUGGAUUUUGAUUAUGGAAGAAUUAUUAAGUGGAGGAGAAUUUAAUCGAAAAGAAAUACCAAAAACACCAUUGACACCAUUAUUAUUAGAAACAUUUGAUAGUCUUAUUACAUUAACGAAAAGUAUUAAUGCAACAUGUUCAGCUUUUAAUGAACUGGCUCUUUUAUUAAGAUCACAACGAAUGGACAAAAAAACAAUGGGAAAUUUUUAUACUGAUGAAGAACUUUUCUUAGGUGCUAUGCUCAAAUCUCAUUUCACAUAUACAUGUACAACUUAUUUGGGUAAUAUUAAAUCUGCUCGUGAAGAAAGUGAACGUCUAUGGAUAAUGCCAUUUUUGGGUCAAUUAACAGAUGAUUGUAGAGAUUUUUAUGAUGAUGUUCAAUCAAAUUCUGUUACUUCAUUUACACAUUAUGCAUCAUUUAUUGGACGUCAACAAUCAUCACAGAAACAUUUACUUAAUCCAUUUUAUGCAUUUUUAUAUCUUUGUUCUGAUAUAUAUGCAUCAUCUGGUCGUGAUAUUCAAACUGGUGCUUUUAUUGGUCGUCGUAUAGCACGUACAUUAAGAUCAAUCGAAUUAAGUUCAGGUCAAUCAGCAUUACGUGAAUUUCUUUAUUUAUUUUGUUAUGAUAAUUUACCAUUACAUAAUUAUUUUUGGAUAAAUCUUCGUAGUCAUUUUUCUAAUGUAAGUGAUCCGGAAAAAUCUUUUUUUCGAAUAAUUAAUAAAGCAAGUAUAAAAUAUGCACGAACAAAUCGUAAAUUAGAAACAUAUAUUUGUGAUCAUUUAAAACAAAUUGAAGAUGCUUUACAUAUUCAUCCAUUUAAUAAAAAUAAAAAAUCAUUAUCAGUUAUUGAUCGAGAUGAACAAUUAUUAAUCUCAGCUAUGAAUUAUAGUGUAAAAGCGGGUGGUAAACGUUUAAGACCAUUAUUAAUGAUGAUGGUUUGUGAUUUGUACAAUCUAGAAUCGAAAAAUAUGAUACCAUUAACUUGUGGAAUAGAAUAUUUACAUACAUCAUCACUUAUACUUGAUGAUCUUCCAGCUCAAGAUAAUAGUGAUUUAAGACGUGGUCGACCAACAUUACAUAAAACAGUUAUAGAUAAUGAUAUACCUGAAAAUUUAUGUGAAGGUCGAGCACAAUUAGCAGCUGUUGAUUUAAUUGCUGUUAGUAUGAGUUUAAUUAAUCAUGAUCUUGUUAAAAAUGGAUUUUCACCUGAACGUGUUAAUCAAGUUGUUAGUGAAAUAUCUUUAUCAAUGCAUGAUUUAUGUAUUGGACAAAUGAUGGAUUUACGUGCAGCACAUAUGGGUAUGGAAGAAGGAAAUGAACUACUUGAAGAACUUGAUCAUAUUGCAUGGUUCAAAACAGGCAAAGCAAUUGAAGUUGUACUUAUUACACCAGCUAUUUUAGCUAUGCCAUCAACAUCGUCAUCAUCAUCAUCAUCAUCAUCGUCAGUAAAUAUUCAAUCAAUUGACUUGAAUAAAAUUCGUGAAUUAGGUCGUUUAAUGGGAAUAUUAUUUCAAAUGCGUGAUGAUUUAUUAGAUGUUGAAGGAGAAAAUAUUGGUAAACCAGCAGCACUUGAUGUAAAAAAUAAUACAGUAACUUAUGUAUCAAUAUUAGGUGUUGAAGGUACUCGACAACGUUUAAAAGAAUUUCGUCAACAAACAUUAAGAUUAGUUAAUGAAUGUUGGCCAUCAAGUGCUGGAACAAUUAUAGAUGUUGUUAAUUAUAUCGUUGAUAGAAAAAAUUAA